AUGGCGAUUCCAGGCCUUCAAAGCAGUAUUGGCGCAGUACAAAUCGGUUCUCUCUUUUCCGUUUUCCUAUUCGGUAUCGAGACGCUGCAAACACAUCUGUAUUAUCAACAAUUUCCGGAUGAUGCUAUCCAUCUCAAGAUCAUGGUUGGAUUUAUAUGGCUUGUCGAGCUUGCGCAUACGUUCUGCGUAUCGGCGGAAAUAUACAGGCUCACCAUUAUCGAGUACGGUCAAAUUCUGAAACUCCUGAGCGGGUACUUCCCGUACCUCGCGGCCUCCACCUGUCUAAGCACAGUGGUUACAAUGAUCGCCCACGCCUUUUUCUCUGGACGGAUCUGGAGGGUGAUGCCAAAGCCAUGGAACUUCGUCGGGGCAUUCUUCUUCGUCGUAGCCAUCGUCAGGUUUAUUGGAAGUAUGGUCGUUGGAGUCGAAGCAGUGAAGGGCGACGACAUCGUUGAGUACUCGAAGAAAUGGGGCUGGUUGGCGAUGGCGGUACUCAUCGCCGGGGCGAUUAUCGACAUUGGUCUUUCCUCGUCUCUCGUCAUCUAUCUGUACUCACAACGACGCAAAGUUUUCUCUCGCUCGACGCAACUCAUCGAUAAGCUUGUUCAGUUCGCUGUAUGCACUGGGUUGUUGCCUAGUCUCACAGCUAUCGCUCUCGUUAUUGCCUUCAACAUCGAGGACCGCUCAAUGGUCUGGGUCGCUAUCUAUACCUGCCUAGCGAAGCUCUACUCCAACAGUGUCCUCGCAGCUUUAAACACUCGAGCAAGCCUCAGGUCAUCACGAAAGACGUUCGUUACCGGAUCUUCUACAGGCUCUGAACACCGUCAUCAUCGCGGCGGGACCGUCAGUCGAGGGAAUGCUCAUCCCAAUGACUUGGUGAUCUCCGUAGAGAUGAAGUCGACCGUCACCCAUGACAUCGAUAUGGACGACCGUGGAUAUCCUCAGGGACCCCUUGACGUGAAGCACGCACCAGAACCAACAAGUGGCUGGACAGACGGGCAUAGAGUCGUGUAG